UCAUAAAAGUUAUCAUCCAAACAGAAAAGUUUGUUUUUUAACCCAAACUUCAAUGCUAAUAGUUAACCACUCCUCUCUUGAAAUCAAACCAAAAAUAGUAGUGCUUUCUUUUAUUGAUGAUAUUGCAAGAAGAAUAUUUUGUAGCAUGGAGGAGAAUAAGAGGUAUUGUGUAACUGGAGGGACAGGCUUCAUUGGCUCAUGGCUCAUUAAAUCACUUCUUCAAAUGGGCUACAAAGUCCAUGCUGCUGUGCGCCAUCCUGAGAAGUCAUCACAUCUAUUGAAGUUGGCUGAGGGCAGUGAGAUGCUAAGAUUAUUCAAAUCUGAUUUAAGAGAAGAAGGAAGCUUUGAUGAAGCAAUGAGAGGUUGCAUUGGCCUAUUUCAUGUUGCUGCACCCAUGGAAUUCUGCCCACAAGCCACAGAAAACGUUGAGAGGUAUGUCGAAGAAAAUAUGAUAGAGCCAGCCAUCGAAGGGACCUUUAAUGUUCUGAAAUCGUGCUUGAAAUCCAAUUCUGUUAAAAAAGUUGUAUUCACAUCAUCAAUCAGUACCAUCACAGCCAGAGACAACUUUGGGAAAUGGAGACCUUUUGUCGAUGAAUCUUGCAAAGUACCUAUCCAACAUGUUAAGCACACAAAACCAACUGGUUGGGUUUAUGUACUACUAAAGGUUUUGACAGAGGAUGCAGCAUUUCAGUUUGCAAAAGAAAAUGGCAUUAAUUUGGUUUCAACAAUAACACCAACUAUAGCUGGUCCAUUCCUCACUCCUACAGUUCCAUCAAGCAUUCAAGUUCUCUUGUCACCAAUAACAGGUGAUCCUGAUAUGUUAGCUAUACUCACCGCUGUAAACACAAGAAUGGGAUCAAUAGCAUUAGCUCAUAUAGAGGAUAUAUGUCGCGCCCACAUAUUCCUCAUGGAGAAUAUUAAAGCACAAGGACGAUAUAUAUGUUGUGCUCAGAGUUGGGCAUUGUCUGAAGUUAUCGAUCACCUUAAAAACGAGUAUCCUUACCUUGAUGCAGAGAGGCGCGGAGGACAUGAUUCAGUGAUCCCCUCGGAGAUUUCAUCAAAGAAAUUGAGAGGACUGGGAUUUUCUUUCAAGUAUGAAAUCAAUGAUAUCAUAAGAGAUACAAUUAAUAGUUGUAUACAUCAUGGAUUCUUAGCCUCAAUUCAAAAGUAAGAAUUGCAAAUUACAUGUACCAAACCUUAACUCUUACUUUGAUGUAUCAGUAUACUCCUUUUAAUAUCAAUGAAGUAUAAAAUCUUUUUAUUUCUUAAA